GCUCUGCUCUGCUCUGCCGAGCUUCCAUUGCUUCCCCUGCUUCCGCUUCCGCUCCCGCUUCCGCUCCCGCUCCCGCUCCCGCUCCCGCUCCUCUCACUGCGACGACCCGACACUUCUCCAUUCCAGGGUCCUGACUCUGUUACGUGAUAAAUUAUGUUGGCAAGAAGCCAUCUUGGCAUUGUGAAACCCGGGUUUUUGCUCGUUCAUCCCGAGUUUCCGUCCGGUCCAGCGCUCGAAUGGUCCUUUCAUACCCAGCGAAAGUAUGAUAAGAGGACUUGUUUCUGGACUAGGUUUCGGUGUUAUGUUAGGGAGAGGAAUUACAGGUCUGGGUCUGCUGAUUCUGCCGUUUCGAGGCGCGAGAGCAUAAAGAUAGGCAAGAGCCAAGUGGGGUCCUCUUCGUUGUACAGCCGGCCGAGUUUGUUACAGAUGAAGAAUGAGAGGAUGGAGAAUCGAGCUCGGGUGUAUGAGUUCCUGCGAGGGAUUGGCAUUGUCCCGGAUGAGCUUGAUGGGCUGGAGCUCCCGGUGACCGCUGAGGUGAUGAAGGAGCGUGUGGAUUUUCUCCACAAGUUGGGGCUUACCAUUGAAGAUGUCAACAACUACCCUCUAGUUCUGGGCUGCAGUGUGAAGAAGAAUAUGAUACCUGUGUUGGAUUAUUUGGGCAAACUGGGUGUUAGGAAAUCGACUUUUGUCAGUUUCUUGAGACGAUACCCACAAGUCCUACACGCCAGUGUUGUUGUAGACCUUGCUCCGGUGGUCAAGUACCUUCAAGGAAUGGAUAUUAAGCCAAACGAUAUCCCUCGUGUCCUUGAGAGAUAUCCCGAAGUUCUUGGGUUCAAACUCGAGGGAACGAUGAGCACCUCUGUGGCUUAUCUGGUUGGGAUCGGGGUUGCGAGGAGAGAGAUUGGUGGGGUCCUAACGGGGUACCCCGAGAUCCUGGGGAUGCGAGUGGGUCGGGUGAUUAAGCCUUUCGUGGAGUACCUUGAGGGUUUGGGGUUACCAAGGUUAGCUGUCGCUAGACUGAUAGAGCGCGGGCCACAUAUCCUCGGUUUUGAACUGGAGGACAGGGUGAAACCCAAUGUGGAGUCCCUCUUGGAAUUUCAUGUUAGGAGGGCUUUGCUUCCAUCUGUUGUGGCUCAGUACCCUGAGAUUAUUGGAAUCGAAGACUUGGAUGCCAAGCUUCAAAAUCAACGCGAUUUGCUUAGUUCCAUUGCUGAGUUGAACUACGAGGAUUUUGGCCGAGCCAUUGAGAGGAUGCCACAGGUUGUCAGUCUUAACAAUAAUCCAGUUGUAAAGCACGUAGACUUCCUGAAGAAUUAUUGCGGGUUCUCUCCCCAGCAAGUGCGAGAGAUGGUUGUUCAAUGUCCCCAAUUGCUAGCACUGAACAUCGAUAUUAUGAAAAUGAGCUUUGAUUUCUUUCAACAAGACAUGAAUAGACCAUUGGAUGAUCUCGUUGCAUUCCCGGCUUUCUUCACUUAUGGGUUAGAGUCAACUAUUAAACCGAGGCAUAAGAUGGUUGCUAGGAAGGGGCUCAAGUGUUCACUUUCAUGGCUUCUUAACUGUUCUGAUGAUAAGUUCAGAGAGCGGAUGGACUAUGAAGGAAUCGAUUUGGAGGAAAUGGAGCCUGUCCCAUCUUUUGAUGUGGAGACGCUGAUGGAACCAAGGACAGAUGAUCAAUCGGGAUCAGACUAUGAAGAGGAUAGUGAGGAUGAUGAGGUUAUGUAGUUAGUUUGUGUUCAGGAAUUGUUAGUUGUGGAGCAGGUUGAUAUUUUUCACGGAGGAGAUCUCUUUCAGUUACGUUCACGAGGUAAGCACAUCUGCUCUACCUCAAAGUGUUUAUCUGCAGUUACAUUAUUUAGUGCAGGGAUAGGUCUAAUACUCACGAGCCAGAAAAUCUUGUACGGUCUUGUAACUUUAAAGUUUUGUUCGUUUAUAGUGAAGAUCUGAGCUUUGCAAUAUCUUACAUUUGCAUAAAAUAUGUGCUCUUA